AUGUCCAACAGCAGCUCCAUGCCCCAGUUCCUCCUCCUGGCAUUCGCAGACAGGCGGGAGCUGCAGCUCCUGCACUUCUGGCUCUUCCUGGCCAUCUCCCUGGCUGCCCUCCUGGCCAAUGGCCUCAUCCUCAGCGCCAUAGCCUGUGACCACCACCUGCACACCCCCAUGGGCUUCUUCCUGCUCAACCUCUCCCUCACAGACCUGGGCUGCAUCUGCACCAUUGUCCCCAAAGCCAUGCACAAUUCCCUCUGGGACACCACAACCAUCUCCUACAUGGGAUGUGCUGCACAGGCCUUUUUCUUUCUGUUCUUCAUCUCAGCAGAGUUUUCCCUCCUCACCACCAUGUGCUACGACCGCUACGUUGCCAUCUGCAAACCCCUGCACUACGGGACCCUCCUGGGCAGCAGAGCUUGUGCCCACAUGGCAGCAGCUGCCUGGGCCACUGUGUUUCUCAAUGCUCUGCUGCACACAGCCAAUACAUUUUCCCUGCCCCUGUGCCAGGGCAAUGCCCUGGGCCAGUUCUUCUGUGAAAUCCCUGCCAUCCUCAAGCUCUCCUGCUCACACUCAGGCUACCUCAGGGAAAUCGGGCUCACUGUGAUUAGUGCCUGUUUAGUGUUUGGUUGUUUUGUUUUCAUUGUUUUCUCCUAUGUGCAGAUCUUCAGGGCUGUGCUGAGGAUCCCCUCUCAGCAGGGACGGCACAAAGCCUUUUCCACGUGCCUCCCUCACUUGGUCGUGGUCUCACUAUUUGUCAGCACUGGCUUGUUUACUUACUUGAAGCCCCCUUCAAUCUCCUCCCCAUCCUUUGAUCUGUUGGUGUCAGUUCUGUACUCAGUGGUACCUCCAGCAUUGAACCCCCUCAUCUACAGCCUGAGGAACCAGGAGCUCAAGGACACACUGAAGAAAAUGAUGACUGGAUGUUUUUCAGAAGCAAAAAUGUUUCUGUUUUCUGCUCCAUAACAUUCAGAAUGGAUGGCCCAGCCUUCCUUCUCAGGUUUCUUAUGGCAAUAAUUUGUGGGAGCUGUUCUCUUUUUUCUUGCAAUAAUUUUUUUCCACAAAAGAAAAUGUUUU